AUGAAGUUCUUCGCACCUCUCCUCAUGCUGGCUGCCUCAGCCAUCGCCGCACCCGUCGCCAGCACCACCAAGCACUUCCACCUUAAGUCCAGCGGCGCGACCAACCCCGACCACAACGACCUAUACGUCUACGCAUACCACACAGGGGCCGGCCUCAACGAUGCCGUCUUAACCAAGGACAUCGACACCGCCAGCUCCGUCUACCUAAACGGCACCAAGGCCCUCUUUGACCUGAACAGCGAUUUCCCAUGGGGAGUCGUUGCUACCGGCAACACCAAUUAUGCCUCCUGGGAACCUAUCCUCAUCAACGCUGGGGCAGGCAGCGAGGGCUUCUCCGUCAAGGGAAAUAACUUCCAGUGGUCUGAGGCCAGCGGCUUCGGUGGAUGGCUCGUCUGCGACUGGUACCACAAUGCGCCUCAACUGUUCUACCUGAACCGCUUCUACAAUGCCACCAUCCCCUCCAGCUGCAGCAAGGUCCAAUUGAAGGCCGAUUACAUCAAAUAG